CUUGUCCUUUGGUUGCGCUGGAGGGAAUUUACCGUUGAGGCUUUCAAAAAUAAAUUCAAAAUGCUCCGAGAGCGAUUACAGAGAUGGAACAAGGCGAAGAAGAAGCAACAACAGUAGCAAAAUUGUCUUAAACCUGGUAUUGUAUACCUGCUUUAUGUAGAGCUUUAUAACAGCGUUAUUCAUGGUAGCAUAGCAUUUGUAUGUACCCAUUUCUGAGGAAAGCUCAUGGACUGCACACAACCUCACUGUCCUUUUAUUCUAACCUCAUUGACCGCUGUCUCUCAUUGAAAUCCUUGGGUGUUGCUAAACUCAUUCAUGCCCAGUUAAUAAAAGUUGGUUUUAACUGCAAUACUUUUCUGGGUAAUCGCUGUAUUGAUCUGUACUCUAAUUUGGGCAAAUUUAAUGAAGCUUUGCAAGCAUUUGAUGACAUACCCAACAAGAAUAUAGUUUCCUGGAAUGUUAGCUUGAAGGUGUUUGUUAAAUCCGGCGAUAUCGACGGCGCACGUUGUUUGUUUGAUAAAAUGCCUGAGAGAGAUGUUGUUAGUUGGAACUCGAUUAUUUCGUGUUAUGCUUCAAAUGGGUUUGCGGAUUGUGCAUUAGGGAUGUUUUCAGAAAUGCAAAACAAUGGUGUGAGACCAAGUGGGUUCACGUCCUCCAUUAUGGUGUCUUCUGUGACGUGUGCUCGUAAUGGCAAGCAAAUUCAUGGCUGCAUUAUACGGAAUGGUUUGAAUUUGUCGAAUGUGGUGGUUGGUAAUUCCUUGAUUGACAUGUAUGGAAAGCUUGGUCUUUUGGAUUACGCUUUUGCUGUGUUUUUUACUAUGGAGGAGUUGGAUGUUAUCUCCUGGAACUCGUUGAUUUCGGGCUUAUGUAAAUCUGGAUAUGAAGAAUUGGCAUUAAAUCAAUUCUAUUUGAUGAAAUCUGCAGGAUAUUUACCUGAUGAGUUUACCAUAUCGACAGUUGUCUGUGUCUGUUCAAAUCUGCGUGAUUUGGAAAAGGGUAAGCAAUUUAUUGCUUUAUGUGUAAAGGUGGGUUUUCUUUCUAACAACAUUGUUUCAAGUUCCGCUAUUGACCUUUUUUCCAAAUGCAACAGAUUGGAGGAUUCAGUAAAACUCUUUGAAGAAAUAAAUAGACGGGACUCCGUUGUUUGCAAUGCCAUGAUUUCAAGCUAUGCAGAGCAUGGUUAUAAGGAGGAUGCUUUGAAACUUUUUGUCCUUACUUUGAGAGACAACAUUAGGCCAACUGAGUACACUCUCAGCAGUGUUUUGAGUUCUGCUUCUUCGCUUCUUCCAGCAGAGCAGGGGAGUCAAUUCCAUUCUUUGACUAUUAAACUAGGUUUGGAAUCUGAUAUGGUCAUUUCUGGUUCACUUGUGGAAAUGUAUGCUAGUUUCGGAUUAAUUGACUGUGCGAUGAAAUUUUUUGCUCAAACCAAUGUAAAAGAUUUGAUAUCUUGGAACACCAUGAUUCUUGGUUUGACUCGCAAUGGGAGAGUAGCUGAAGCCCUAGACCUUUUUAAAGAACUACUUGUGGAAGGCCCACCACCAGAUCGAAUAACAUUAACUGGGGUUCUGCUAGCUUGCAACUAUGGUGGUUUUGUGGAUGAAGGGUGGAGCGUACUGUCUUCUAUGGAGAAGAAAUACGGAGUCAUACCUAGGCUUGAGCAUUAUGCUUGCAUCGUGGACAUGAUGAGUCGAGCUGGUAAACUCAAAGAAGUGAUUUAUGUUGUGGAAACAAUGCCUCACAACCCCAGCGCUUCAAUUUGGGAAUCAAUACUUCGUGCUUGCAGCUUCCAUGGAGACUUGAAACUCACUGAAAAAGUUGCGGAAAAAGUGAUCGAAUGUGAGCCAGAGUCAUCUCUUCCUUAUCUACUAUUGGCUCAGGCAUAUGAGAUGGGGGGCAGAUGGGAGAGCAUGGUUCGAGUCAAGAAGGCCAUGAAAGAGAGAGGUGCAGAGAAGAUGAUCGCAUGCAGUUGGAUUGGGAUAAAAGACCAUGUGUUUGUUUUUAAAGCAAAUGAUAUACUCUAUUAUGGAGGCCAAGACGUUGACUUGGUAUUAAGAUUACUGAAUCAGGAGAUGGAGGAUGAAGGUUGUGGAUCAACAAUAUGAUGAAGUAGUUUCUGAGGGAAAGGAAGAGUGAAGUAAAAAGAAGAGGAAGAGCGUGUAUAUUUUUAUAAACUGAUAUAUUUAUUGAUACAGUUUGCUUAUUUUCUUUUUGACGGUGUAGCCGCAAAUUAUUGAAUGACAAGAUCAGAUUUGUCACUGACAACAUUCAACUAGAAUCAUAUUUGUCUCUCCUAUGCUCAUAUGACGGCCAAGAGUUGGUGGUGUUGAUAUUGUUAUUACAAAAUUCAAACUGGUCCCAACUGGGCUUCAUUAUACUGGAUGCAGAGGAGCUUUAAUUUUGUCAUCGAAUUGGAUCUCACAGCUCAGAGACAAAGAACAAGUAUAGAUGAUAACACAAUUUGUUUGACUUAAUUAGGAAGUUGCUUGCUUAAGCAUGAGUUGUUUCAAUCACAAUAUGGAACCUGAAUCAGCUCAGAUCAAUGUUUAGUGUCUGUUGCUCAGACCUCAAUACACUAUAGGGCUGGCUACUAGGUGAAGAUUGUCAUUGGAAACCUUAUGGUUGAUAUUUAGUAUUACUGGCCCAUAUCAGUUUUUGUUCGAGCAGGUAAUGUUGGCUAAUUAGUUCAAGUAAACAGAUCCAGCAAUGCUUUUUGGAAUGGAGUAAGAUUACUUAAGGGGCUUUUUCUGGGGUUACUCUGAAGGCAAAGGUGGUUCAAUUUCGAACCAAACAGUUGGUCAUCUUUCCUAAAUGCUUGAGUCGGUUACUUUGUUUAGACAGGCAACUUCAAAUCAGGUCAUUCCUCCUCUAUCGGUUGCCGAUCACAGGGCUCAAAAAUUACAGUGCCACGCAUCCAUUCUACUUCAAGUCAUUCCUCCUCUAUGGGUUGCCGAUCAUAGGGCUCAAAAUCAUGGUGCCACGCAUCCAUUUGAUUGGUGAGGUAUGGAACUCAUAAUAUUUGAACAUCUGGAUUCAUUCCAUCAACAACAUUGAAUAUUGUUCUUUCAAAUUAAUCAUAAGAAGUUUCUAGAUGGUACUGUUGGUGCGAGUUCAAGUCUCGUAGUAGCUACUUUGUGAAAUAUCAAAGAUAAGGUCAGUCUUGAGUCCUCGCUCCCGACUUUAUUGCUGAAAUAGAGCUAUCUCGAACCUAUGACAGUAAGAGCAGCUUAUGACGUAAUUCAGUAAAACUUUUACAGUGUAGUCAUAGGCUCCCUGCUGAUGUUCCUGUAUAGAGCAGAUCUGCUAUACUGGGGCGAUAUGAUGAUUGAUGACAAUUUUCUGCUGUAAAUUUAAACUGUAAAUGAAUCAACCGUUAGCAGCAAAUUACAAUAUAUCUCUUUUCUAAUUGUCACGUGCUAUAUUCUUUUUAGCACAUAAAUCAUCCACAAGUUUGAAAACACCAUGGUUGGGCUCUGGUUUAACAGGGGCAAACCUGAUUCAUUGAGAGGAAGAACAGGCUGUUACCUUAGCUACCUUGUUUUCCACUAUCAAUUUAAGCUUAUGUUUCUUUAGGCUUGAGUUUGAAGAAGGUUAAAUAAACCCUCCACCUCGGGCAUUACGAAAAAAGCCCUAAAUCUGGAUUUUUUUACUCCACAGCCUAUGCCUUUUCUGCUACCAGACUUCUGUAAAAGAGACAUAGAUAAGCAGCAUAUCAAAGAAAAGGUGUAGAACCCAAGUUGGAUUUAUACCUCCUUUGCUUUGAUCCACCUUCCUGGGCAGGGAAGAGAGUGAAAAUGGAUUGCGGAUGGUGGUCCUGGUAUAUCUGGGAAGAUGCUAAAGCCUCAAUUUAACAAUUGUACAUACAGGUUCAUACGUAUGCACUAUGUGUAUAUAGUUAAAUAAACAGACACACAUAUAUUUGUUAUAUGUGCAAUUGUGCAUGUGUUUGAUGAAGUAAUAAAGAAGUUUCCAGCUCAUUUUUAGCAUUGCAAGCAUUUUUUGUUUUGCGUGAUACUGUUAGACCACCCUGUUGGUGUUUUGUGCAAAAAUAUGUAAAACGUUUUUCAAGUGACUUUGUUUGUUUGUUUGUUUUUUUUUUUUAAUUACAAAAAAAUACCAAGGUAAAAAAUAAUUUAAAAGAAAAAUGCAUUUCAACUGUCCAAUCGUAUGAAAUUUGAAAAAAAUAAUAAUGAUAAGAAAGAAAAAUGAAUGAUUAACAAAAAAUAAAUAAAUACCAGUGAUGUGGGGGAGUCACAUAAGGUUCAACCGAGGCAACUACCCUCCUGAAAACUCUUGUACGUAAACAAAUUAGUAAUUGUAAAAAUGCCUUAUUUACCAACUCCAAAUUUAAAAGAUUUCACACUUUUCUCUUUCACCAUCCCAUUAAGUUCUAAAAGA